AUGGGCUGCGUGGCUGCUGCUGCUGGCGGCGGCAGGAGCAGCUCCGCGCUGCGCUCCGAGAGUCGUGCCGUCUCACAGCUGAUGACGAACCUCACGGCCCACUCAUUGCAGCUGCCCGCCUGCUUGUCGCUCAGCACGCUGCUGUACUCCCCGCUUGGCACAGCCCUGCUUGUCGUGCUGGCGUACAAUGUUGUUGUGAUUGGCACGAAGCACGUCACGUACACGAUGGAGAUCACGGGGAAGGAUUACGUGCAGGACCAGCAGCUGCAUAUGAUCAUGAAGUAUGGCAUUCUGAGCUGCAUCCUGCUUGCGAUGGAGGUUCUGUUCGUGGAGGUGUGA